AUGGUGGAUAUGAUGGUGAUGAAUGUGAGGGUGGUGGUGAUGAUGGUGUUGAUGGUGUUUGUGAUGGUGGUGGAGAUGGUUGUGGUAAUAGUUGUGACGGUGGUGGUGAUGGAUGUGAUGGUGGUGGUGAUAGUGGGUGAUGGUGGUUGUGGUUGUGGUGAUGGUGAUUGGAAUGGUGGUUGUGAUGGUAGUGGUGUGGGCGAUGACGACGAUGAUGGUAAUGGAAAUGAUUAUGGUGGUGUUGGUGGUAAUUGUGAUGGUGAUGGUGGUAUUGGCGGUGAUGGUGAUGGAAAUGGCUGUGAUGGUGGUGUUGGUGGUAAUGGUGGUGGUGAUGGUAAUGAAAUUGAUGGUGGUGUUGAUUGUGGAGGUGAUGGUGUUGGUGAUGGAGCUUGUUGUGAUGGUGAUGUUGAAGGUGGUGUUGGAGAUACGCUGGUGAUGGUCAUUGAAUUGGUGGCAAUGGUGGUGAUGGUGACGGACUUUGGGUCGGUGGUGAUGGUGGUGACAGUUGUGAUGGUGUGCUGGUGGUGCUUGUGGUGGUGGUGCUUGUGA